AUGUCGGAGAAGAACAAGAAGAAGGGUGUGCGCAUGGCGCAGCAGGAGCUGGAGGACCUCUACCUCGGCGUCCCCGACGGCUCCGUCGACCUCACCUUCCGAGACUUCGUCGUCGCCCCGCCACCACCGCCCACCGCCUCCGUGUCGCCUGCUCCCACCUGCUUGGCCCCCAUCCACGAGCAACCUAAUGAGGACGACCCUGCAGCUGCAGCCGAGACCGAGCGCAGCAACAAGGCGCUCCUCUCCAGGACCUCCACCAACAUCUUCACCUACAAGGUCCAGUCAUCCGCCUCUUCCGACGACGACGACGACACCACCCAGCGCCACCAGGACACGACAACACCGCCGGGCUUCCAGCUCUCCCCUUCCCCGUCCCCUCCUCCGCCCGCCCGCUCCUCCCGCGCCACCAGAAGCAGCCACGCCGGCAGAAGCGGCCGGCCCAUGCGCCGGGCGGGCAUCCCGCACUCCAACCUCUGCGCGGCGUGCAGCCGCUACAUGCAUGUCUUCCGCCACCGCUGCCUCGUCUGCGGCCGCGCAUACUGCCGCCGCUGCGUGGGCGCCGGCAUGGGAGACAUGACCGAGGGACGCAAGUGCCUCGACUGCCUCGGCCGCAAGUACAGCCACCGCUACAUCCACCGCGCCGGCCGGGGCGCCACCGCCGCCGCGGGCCUCCUCUGCCUCUGCUGCUGCGCGCUCCACGCCUGGGGCUCUUCCUCCUCCGUCAGGGCCGAGGAGCUGCUCUGGGCCGAGAAGGGCCCCGCGCCGCGCCGCCGGCCCUCCACGUCUUCCUCCACCACAUCCAUCUCCGCGUCCUACAGCACGGCGGCCGGUGGUGGGGGUGGCUACUCGGCGUCCAUGAGCAUGACCAUGAUGAGCAUCAACAGCGGCGCCAGCAACAGCAACGGCCACGGCCACAGGAACAGCAACGUCGUCGUCGUCGCACCGCCGCCUGCAUCCUUCUCCCGCAGCAGCGCCAACCCGCACGCUUUCCCUCUCUAG